GGGGCUAAGUGCUGUCCUGUGUGAUACUAGUGAACUGUUUGGGAGACCUGGAGCGACACUGGGUGUCUGUGCUCUGUUCUAGUAUUAAAAUGAGUGUAAAUAACAAACUCCAAGUGAAUCUGGAAGAAAAUCUUGCUCUUGAAAAAUGGGAUAACAAUGAUUUGGCAAAGGUCAGAAUUCGACUUUUGAGAGGUCAUUUAGAUAGUGUAAAUAGUUGCCAAUUUGUAGAGGAUGCUGAUAUUGUAUUUAGUGCAUCCUCAGACUGCAGUGUUAAGUUAUGGAACUUUAAAACAGGAGAAUCUAUCAAAAGUUUUAACGAGUUGCACAACAAUACUAUUACACAAGCCCAUUGCAAACCAGAUGGAUCAAGAUUUCUUUCUUGCGGUUUGGAUAAAAAGUUAAAAUAUGUUGACGUUGAGACUGGCAAAUGCAUUCUAGACAAGAACCACACAGAUUUUUUGACCUGUUGUCGAAUAUCCCAUAAUGGGAAGUUGAUCUCUGUUGGCUCAGAUUUAAAUAAAAGUUUAACAAUAUAUGAUGUGGAGAGUGGAGACGCUGUUUAUGAGUUGAAAGAUUACCACAAGAGCACGAUUACAAGCGUUAAAUUUAGUCCUUCUGAUGAUAAAGUUAUAACUACUUCAAGAGACUAUACAGCCAAGUUUUUUGAUUUGGUCACAUCUACUAAUACCAUAUCUCUGGAAGGACACAUCAAUGUGGUAGCAGACUGUGACAUCACUAAUGAUGAAAGAAAUUGUGCAACUGCAUCAUGGGAUAAGACCAUAGGUGUCUGGGAUGUGUCUACAGGCAUGUACCGAUCUAAAGGACCAACUGUGCUAAAAGGUAGUCAUGAUGGAUCUGUCAGUUGCUGCCAAUUCAGUAAUGAUGGUCUACUCCUAGUGACUGGUUCAUAUGAUAAUAGUAUUGUUGUCUGGGACUUAGUCAAUAAUACUCAGAAACUCAAGUUACAGGGUCAUACAGACUGGAUAAAUGCUGUAAACUUCAGCCAAGACCAGAAGUGGCUCUUGUCUUGUUCUAAGGAUAAGACUAUUCGGCUCUGGAAUCUUGAAGAGUCAGACAAAAUACCAAUGGUUCUAGAAAGUAAAAAAGCAGUGCGUGUUGUGAAGUGCACCACAUGUUCUAAACCAUUUUCAUUAUCUCAGCUGGAGGCUUUUCAAGAUGUCACAGUCUGUGUCUUCUGUCGACUGAACAGUCCAGAGAAAUCUUGGCUUAUUUUUAAUGAAGCAGAUGAAUAAAUAUUUCAACAAAAUGA